AAGUUAAUCUAAGGACUUGUUCACUUGUGUUCACUUGAUCAUUUGUUUGCUAUCCUAGACAGCCAAACCAAAAUGCUUAAAUCUACAAAAAUGGAAACCCAGGAAGAUCACUUCCCAGGAGAGCACCUAACGUUCCAGAGUCUCAGAGAAAAGAUAAGGAGAAGCUACCUGAAUAAAUACCAGUUUAUCCCAAGGUCCCCCCAUCCAGUGGAGUUUCAUGUGUCCAAUCUACGCCAUGACACUAACUUCAGCGGCUUUGAAGGCAUCUUGGGUGAUGGUGGAUUUAAGGAUCCACAGCGAGGCCUGCUGUGGUGGAGUUUAUCUGUCUCUGAUUCUGAAAUCAAAGAUGCUGAAAAACAUUUCCUUCGCCAUGAAUCGAAUAAUAAUUUUGAUGUUGAUUAUGUCAAACCUUUCUUGCACAAGUUUACCUCUUCACCAGCCUUUCGCAAGUCCUCUAGGCUGGGCAACUUCCGUUUCACCUUUUCCAUAAAGGAACUGUUGAACAGAUACUCGGAGCAGUUCUGCAUGGGACAGACGCCACAGAUGCGUAUCUAUGGUACAGUUGUUUACAAGCAGGAGGUCAUGUAUGCCAUCGUGGUUCAUGGUCUAGAUGGCCAGACAGAAUUUGGUAAAUGUCCACUUUUCCAGUGUUCUACAGUGUGUGAGUUCCAGAAUGAGAAAAUACUAUGGAAACCAGAGGGCAUGAGCAACACACACAGCUUUAGACUAGGUUAUAACCUGAAAGCACACCGUGUACCUACAAGGAAAAGGAAGUACUACAUGUGGGACCACGUAGCGAUGGUGUUCCAUGUGCCAAAAGAUAAGGUCUUUGAGUUUAACAAGGAGAUGCUCCUCAAGCAUCUAAGCUUCUGUCAGGGAGCGGAGCCCAAAAUAAUCACAGAGGAGUUUAUAAAGUGUGACUUUGAGGUCUCAACAACACAGGAACAGGCGUAAAUAUUGAAAUUAAAAAUCAACACAUCAUUAAAGUUUUUUUUUUAUAAUUAAUGGUGUGUUUUAAACAUUCAGUGAAAAAAAAUAUUUACAGAUAUGUUACAAAUGUUGCUGUUUUACUUGCGUGGUAAUUUUGGCUAAAAUAUACAGUGAUGUCAGAUAAAUGUCAGAGAGUCAAAGGGCUAAACUUGUAAACCAAAAUUAAUACUAUAAUAUAAAUCCUGAACCACUAAAUUUAAGAGACAUCACCAAGAAAUACAGCCCUACACCCCACCACACAUUUUACAAUAACUUUUAUUGCUUCUUAACGUUUACUGUUGUUAUUUUUUAUUCAUGUUUCUGUGUCUAUUUUCUUCAUUUUCCAGUGCUUUGUUGGGCUUUUUAUUAUUCAUUAUAAAGAUUUUCUUUCUUUAAGUUUGUGUAAUAUGUUAGCUGCCUCAGUAAUGUGGCAUGACUAGUAUAGUGUAUAUUUUUACACAGCCAUAAGUAUGUGUACUUGUUCAAUUCAGCUAAUACAUUUCAGGUCAGGAACAUUAUAUCUAUUAUGUACGUGUCAGCCUUUGUAGGCCGACCUGCUUUGGAUGUUUUGUUGGUUUUAUAUGUAAUCUGAAAAUAAAGAUUAGAUUAUGUAC